AAUUGGAUCCAACUUUUUUGUUCACUGAUUUAUUCUGGCGGCAAUCACCUUGAAUUCCAUCGCCAAGCUGAGUAGAAUCUCAACCUUGGAAGAAAUAAAGAAGAAAAAAAAGGUAAUUUUUAUUUUUUUUUAUUUUUACAACCGACCGCACCUUUUUACCUUAAGGCUUAUAUACACACGGCCAUCCCCUGUGAAAUUCUGUGAAAUUAAUUUUUUUCUUUUGUUUUGUUUUUCAUCCAACGAAUUUUGUUUUUCUUUAUCCUUUCAGUUACUAUUUUUAUUUAUUGAUUGGUUUUCAUGAUAAUGAUUGAGAUCCUGGUUGGGGUUAACUAUUGAAGUGUCUGUCUCAUAACUCGAUGGUAAAUUGUAGUAUAUGUGGCUCCUUUCAUCUGCAAACAAUAUCUCGGGAGUCUCGGGAGGAAAAAUACACACAUAGUUGUUUUUUAAAGUUUUCUGGCUAGCUCCGUUAUAGGUAAAUGAGCUAAGCAACUAAUAGAAAGGAGAAGAUAUGGCCAUAGCCGCUCCUCCGCUAGUCCUUCUAUUGACGUUUUCUCCAAAUGAAAACGGGCGUGAAAGUCUCUCUCCUUUUGAAUGGAGAGCCCCGAGGCUCCGACAGCAACACGGCACAAUAUCAUCACGAAAGAAUGCGCGUAUUCAUACAUGGACAGAUAUAUCCACACACUCUACCCCCGGCUGCGUUGAGAUAAAAAGUGCCGAGGAUCUUUUCUUCUUCUUCUUCUAUAAUUUCGCCUCAAAGGCAACAAGUUUUUUUAAAAGUUUCAGGAGAGACUGUUUGAGCUGGAGAUACCAACUUGUUGGGUUGCUAUCACGACCGGAAAACGACAUUCGAUAUGCUGCUCAAUAAAACACAAUUCCCAAACCACUUCGCCCGUGGACGUGAAGUAUUUCACGUUCUCUUAACGACAUUUGGCCGCACGACGAUAUUGCAUUUCUUUUAUUGCGUUUUCUUUCAAUGUUACUUGAACGCCAUCUUACGGUUCAGGUAGAAAGUUCAUUUAAAGAAUUUAGCAGACGACUUUGGUUAAGGAACAAAAUCAAAAUUGAGUAGCUGCUGUGAGGCUGUGAGUGCUGCCUGCUGGACGGGCCGAUUCAAAAUAAGCAGGAAGAAUGGAGUCGAAUGAUGAAUUUAUGGCUGUACCUGGCACGUCGAAUGACACUGUCGUGAACCUCUUUUCUUUCAGACAUGGUCAUUCAGUGGAUUAUGAUGCUCUGUAUGAUCUUGUCAAUCUAAGAGCUAAACAGCUUCAAAGUUGCACGGCUCCCAUAUUGGACGUGCAGCACAAAUCUCUGAUCCCAGAAUUGAGAAUCUAUCAAACAGAAGCCGUUCAAUGGAUGAUACAACAGGAACAACAGAGCUCAGUCAAAGGAGGAAUCUUGGCUGAUGAAAUGGGUCUGGGAAAGACGGUAGAAGUUCUAGCCUUGAUGCUGAAUCACACGAGAGAGAAACUGCCCAAAAUCGAACGCCAGGAACCAGCAAUCACUGCCAUCACAGAAAACGAAGAGCCAGAAGCCAAGAAGAUGAAGCUUUCCGAAGACCAUUGUGCAGUAUGCUUUCCAAAUCGAACCAUUGGGCAAUCUAUUGAAAAUGUCAUUUGGCGCUUUAGUCCAGACAUUGAAAAAUCAACCAUCCAAGAAGUGAUUGAUGUUCAUUGUGGUGACAUACAAAAUGAAAAUCCCACAGCCACAAAGAUACAGCGCUGCACCUGCAGCAAUCCUGCAAUUCGCAAAAGACUCAAUAUUCAUUACACCAACUCUCUGGCCGAGUACAGCUGCCUGAAAAGUCUCCAGAAUCGCUUGAACGUCCCAGCCGAAAAAGACGAAGCCCCCAUUCUAUGCGUCUGUGGGAAAACAGUAGCUGGAUUGUCUCCUUUAGUCCAAUGCCCCAAAUGUAAGAGGCAGCAGCACAGCAACUGCGUCCACUACGAUUUGAUGGACCCACUGCGCGGGCCUUACUUUUGUCCUCAUUGCUGGAAUGAGCAGGAGCCCCUCGAGUCCGGUGCCACGUUAAUCAUCACCCCGUCCAGCAUCAGCAACCAAUGGCUGGAAGAGAUCCAGCGACACGUCAGCGACGAAUUCAACAUCCUCAUUUACCAGGGAGUUUCCAAACAGGGUUACCAUCAACCGACUCAGCUGGCCCGUCGCUACGACGUCAUCAUCACCACUUACGAAACGCUGCGGAAGGAGCUCCACUUCGCCAAAGUCAAUACCGGUGAGAAACGGACCCGGCGCAAAGCAGCUUCCUACAUGGCACCUCCUUCGCCGCUCCUGGCCGUCCGUUUCUGGCGCCUCUGCCUCGACGAAGCCCAGAUGGUCGAAGGCUCGACCACGAAGGCGGCCGAAAUGGCCCGAACAUUUCACGCCGUUCACCGCUGGUGCGUGACGGGCACUCCCAUCCAGAAAUCCGUUUUCGAUCUCCAGGGCUUGUUCGUGUUCCUCAACGUCCCGGUGGAUCGAAAUGCUUUUUACGAUUCCAACCAACUGGUCGAGGUUUUGGCGCCCAUUUUCUGGCGGACCAGGAAGACGGCCGUGACGAAUCAGAUCCAGUUGCCAGAGCAAACGGAAGAGACUCACUGGCUCUCGUUUUCGGCCGUCGAGCAGCAUUUCUACCAGCAGCAGCAGGUCCAGUCAGCCAAAGAGGCUAAGGAGCGUUUCAUCAAAUUUUCCAUCAGUCCCCAAACUAAACUGAGCAACAUCGAAGCGCACAAGAUCAAAUGUCUUCUCUUCCCACUGAUGAAUCUCCGCCAGGCCUGCGUUCAUCCGCAGAUGGUUCGGGGGCAGUUUUUGACCCUCAAGGCCCAAUUCAAGACGCUCUCGAUGGAGGAAUUGCUGGUGACCCUCAUCAAACGAGCCGAGCUGGAAUGCGUAGAGAGUCAGAGGCUGAGAGUUUCGGCCGCCAACGGCCAGGCAGCUUUGCACAUCAUCAAAAAGGAAUGGGCCCAAGCGGCCGAAAAGUACCGCGAUGUCUUGAGGUGGUCCGAAGAGAUCAAGGAUUCCGUCAAGACGGACUCGCUCCAACGUUUGCACUCGUUGCACAAUUUAGCAGAGGUGCUUCGGAUGGCUCCGGCCGGCUCCAUCCCACCCACAUUGCGCGACGGAUCGCUGGAAGAGGAAGCCGAUCAACUGAAGAAACUUUACCUGGGAAAAGCGCUGACCCAGGUGGAAGUUGCAAGGUCGACCAUGGCUACGCUCACCGUCAAAGUCAUGAGCAUCAAGAACGAGUUGGAAGACAAUCGUCUGCAGCUGAACGACAUGUGGUGGACGACUUUGAUCCAGUGGUCUAGCGACACCAGGAAAUCAGAGAAACUAGUCCAAGAUCUCAAAGACAAGAUGACCGAAGAGAACGAUUCGAUUGUGUUCACCAACGUCAACGGAUUGAAAUUUCUGUUGUUUUCGAGACUAGAAGAGCUGGAAGAGCAACGGAAUACGGUCACGAAGCGGAUGAGAGUGCUGGAAGUGACUUCGAUCGAACGUAUAUCCCAGGACGCGGCCGAUUGCCAUUUGAGGCCUCUGGAAGGUCGCCGAAAGAAGGAUCGCUGCAAGAUUUGCGUCGUUUACGACCAGAUUGAAGAUUACGAAUCGCUGCUCUUUCGCAUGGACGACCGGAAGAAUCAGGACGACGAGUGGGAUAAUCCGGAAGAAGAUGUUGCGGGCGUUCACAUUGAAUCGCUUCGACGCGGUACCUGGGCCGAUAGUGAAAUUGAGCGAAUGCUCAGGCACAUGCUCGGGUUUGCCCGCAAGCAUCACACUCCUCAACCCAUCCAGGACGGAGGUGCCAUUCAGCUAAAAUUGCUGGACGCUUACAAAAAGGAAUUUCGACAGAUCCGCGUCGUCUGGCGUCAGUUGAACGACCAGGCCUCGGCCGUCGAUGAAUUGAGUAUGGCCACACUGCGACUUCGGCUCCGGCUUCCGCACGAAGUGCCCCAGCAGAUGCCCGUGGUCGAACUUGCGGAUAGCAGAGCGACCAAUCCGAGACAGGAUAUGCCGAUUUACCUGCUGGAAAAACACGAAGUCAACAUUCAGUUUGCCAAGUUGAACGGAGAUUUGAUCACGUCCGGCCAUUCGCUCAAACGUCACAUGGGCCACGUGGUGUACCUGAAGAAUUUGGAGAGCGCCGGAUACGGAAAGACGGGCAACGAGAACCCCGAUCCCUGUCCAGUCUGUCACUGCGAAUUGGGCGACAAAUGGAGCGUCCUCGUCUGUGGCCAUUCUUUCUGUAUGGAGUGCAUCCAGCUGCUCGUCGCCCAAGGGCCAAACAAUGUGAUGAAAAGAUUGCGGUGUGCCAUUUGUCGCGAAACCACAACUCUGCACGAGAUUGCCUACGUCGACGCACAGGCUAUCGUUGUAGACGAUCCGGAAUCAGUUUCCAUUCGAGUCAAAGGCUCCCAUUCGACCAAAGUACAAGCUGUUGUCCAGCAACUUUUAUUGAUCAAGAAAGACGAUCCUGAUGCCAAAUGUCUCGUCUUUUCAACCUGGAUAGACGUGCUGUUGAUUGUGGGGCGGGCACUGGACGAGAACAACAUCUCGCACUGUUCGUUCUUCUCAAACAAUUCCCAGGUUCAGUUGAACAAAUUUAAACGCGAUCCAUCCGUUAGCGUCCUACUCAUUCCAAUCCAAUCGGGCGCCAACGGACUUAAUCUUACCGAAGCUACUCAUGUCCUCCUCAUGGAACCCAUUUUAAAUCCUGGCAGCGAACUCCAGGCGAUCGGGCGUGUCCACCGCAUCGGCCAAACCAAACCCACCGUCGUUCACAGGUUCUUGGUGAAACACACCAUUGAAGAAAAGAUGGCCGUGAUGCUGGAGAAACACCGAUCCGCCCUAACUUCCAGGAGCUCCGUUUCUGUCAAAGAAAAUCCCGUUACUUUAGCCGAUUUGAAAGACUUAUUAGUCGAUGAAGGCGAGUAACUUUCCCCUUUUUUUUCUUUUUUUUUCUCUGUUUUAUAAGUUCUAUAGUCGAAGAACAAAGAAUUCCAUGUUUUAUGUCGUUUAAAUUCGUUCUUAAUGUAAAACUUUUGAGUUCAACAGAAGUUCAGAACUCAAAAUAUACAGGCCAUUUCUUUGAAGAAAAAAAAAAGAUCGUGGCGUGUGAACCUUUUGACCCAAUUAACUAAAUUAGAUUAGAAUUUCCCAGUAAAGUUAUUAUCGUAAGCUUCUUAGGUAUUGACGUCAUGCGCCAGUCUGUGGCCGGAAAGCUACCCUGCUACCGGGAUGCGUAACAGUUAAGAAGGUUUUUAAAAAUACUAAUCGAUAUUUCUAAUCCUUUUUAUUUUAAGGUUAAAAGAUUAGACGCAAAAGGUUGAAUUUUUUUAGGUUUUCCAAUUAUUUAUUGAUCGUAUACUUUCCAGUUCCGUAUUAAUUUUUUUUUGUUUACAUUGAGAUUACAUGGUAUAAUGUAAAUGGAGUCGGACAAUGGAUGGUGGUUGGCCCUCAGUUGGUUAUACAUUUUCUCCUUGAUUUUCUUUAUAUAGUGAAGAGAAGAGAGAGAAAUAGAGAGAGAUAGA